AUGCCCAAGAGCGCAAUGAAAAAAAAAAAACCAGAAGCCGGUCAGACUUCCAUCAAACACCCAGCCCAUCCAAGCGCCCAAAGGCAAGUCCUCGAGAGACGGCGUAUAGAUCGAUCAUCGCCACUUUCUGUUCCAAAUCCCAGCACGAGUGCCAGGCAGAAAAAUAGCGAAAGUAAAAGGGCCUCAUUGUGUAGGUGUCGAGGAUAUCGUUCAUCAACCCGGGUGGGAUCUGUGGCUCCUUUGGGGAAUACAAAAGAGGACGACUACUAUAGAAAUGAUUCUCUGAAGUAUUGUCGACAUGAGCAAAAAAAAAACCAAAAGAAAAAAAAGAUUGGAAUUCUGGCAGAGAAGUCGCGAAUAUAUACUGGGCAGUGGUGGCCAGUGCGCCGCUGCAUUCACUCGCACGGGUCAGGUGAAGUUUUGGGGGGCAAUCAACCGGGAGAGCAACCAGCAGAGCAACGAAGCAGGCCGGUCCUGGUGAUGAUGGGAGCUCCAAGUGGGCCAAGAUGUUAG